AUGUUGAGCAAGGUAGAAGAAAGUAUUGGCCUUGGUAGUGUGGAAGAAGGGAGUGAACAACCAGUUGAUGAUAAUGCGAUUACAAAAAGUCCUCGACAGGAUAUGCCUACCUGGAGAUGGGUCAUGACUCUAAUGGGCAUAUGCUUCGGAACUCUACUAUACGGUAAUUUGUUCUCUCAAUCUCGCCCCUCCCCCCUCCCUUCCUAUUUAUUCAUAUGUCUGGCGGAAUUAACCGAGAAUUUGAUGCCAGGCCUCGACACGACGAUCGCCGCCGACGUUCAAGCUUCGGUCUAUGAAACCCUCGGGGACAUUGAAAAUCUUGCGUGGGUUGGGGUCGGCUUUCCCAUGGCUUCAGUGGCCGUUAUCCUCCUCCAGGGUCGCGCCUACGGUCUAUUUGACGUCAAACCAUUGAUGCUCUCCUCAAUUGUAAUUUUCGAAGCCGGCAGUGCUUUGUGCGGCGCAGCUCCGACGUCGGAUGCCUUGAUUGUCGGUCGAGUGAUCGCUGGAAUUGGUGGAUCGGGAAUGUACUUGGGGGCCCUUACAUAUAUAUCAGUCUUUUCGACUAAGAGAGAAACACCGGUGUACAAUGCUCUCAUAGGGCUCUUUUGGGGAAUUGGGGCAAUCCUUGGGCCUGUAAUUGGCGGCGCAUUUUCGGCCAGCGCGGCCACAUGGCGAUGGGCCUUUUACAUAAACCUCCCUCUCGCGGCCCUAUUCGCUCCUAUCUACCUCUUCAUCUUUCCGUCGUUUCAGAGAAAGAAUCUUUUGCUUGUUGAAAAGCUGCGAGAGAUCGAUUGGGUCGGUGCGGUUCUUAAUGGGGGGGUUUUUGUUCUGUUUAUGAUCGUUGUCACCUUCGGCGGUUCGACGUUCCAAUGGACUUCUGGGUCUGCAAUUGGGCUUUGGGUCGUUUGGGGAACUUGCCUCAUUGUCUUCGUCUUACAGCAGUACCUUAGCAUCUUGACGACACCGGAGCGACGCAUCUUCCCCUUGCAUUUUCUCAAGUCUCGAGUCCUUGUGCUGCUAUAUGUUACAACAGCAGCCGUCGCGGCUGCUAAUAGCAUCGCUCUGUACUACGUUCCCUUGUUCUUCCAGUUUACAAGAGGCGAUACGGCCCUUCAGGCCGCUGUCCGCCUCCUGCCCCUAAUCGUCGUCUUUAUAUUCUGCAUUAUGGUCGGCGGAGCUCUCCUUCCUAUUACUGGACUAUACGGUAUUUUCUAUAUCAUCGGCGGGGCUUUGGUUAUUGUUGGCGGUGCUCUCAUGUUUACGAUAGAUGCCGGAACGAGCGCUGGGAAGAUAUAUGGAUAUGAAGUGUUGCUCGCCAUCGGGACCGGUCUGCCGUUCCAAAGCGCCUAUGCCGUCGCUGCUAGCAAGGUCCGUGUAGGGGACCGGGCCAAUGCCAUCGGCUUCAUCAAUGUGGCGCAGAUCGGGAGCAUCGCCAUCUCGCUCGCCAUUGCCGGGUCGCUCUUCCAGAAUCUCGGCUUUGAUCUGCUCAAGGCGGCCUUUGCAGACUAUAGCUUUUCUGACGACUCUAUUCGGUCGGCUUUGUCGGGGACCGCAUCGCCUAUAUUCACCUCCGCCGAUCCUGAGGUAGUCGCAAUUGCGGUUUCGAGUGUGGCCGAAACAAUAAGACGCAUUUUUGGGGCUACCAUAGCCGCCGGCGCUGUAUUGUUAAUCGGCGGUGUUCUUAUGCCGUGGGAGAAGCUUGAUCUAGAAGUUGUUGCUGGGUAG